UGUCAUGUAAUGGACGUGCAUUAAAGCUGCUUUUCAUAAAUAUUUGCAAAAUAUGUAACAGUUGUGGAAAAACUUGUGUUCAAAAGUGUAGUGUAAAUAUAUUUUUAUAUUUUGAUACUAUUUGCAAAUUAUUUUUUAUUGAAAAAGCGUGAAGUGAAUCAGUUACAAUGGCUACACCAUCUAAUGGCAAUGGCAAUUUAGUAGAUGAGUUUGAAGAAGCGUUUCAGUCAUGUUUAAAUGUGCUAACAAAACAAGAAGCUACACCAACAUCUGAUAAAGAAGAAAUUCGAACAGAAGUCGAUACGCUCAUUCAGCGAUUCAUUGAUUUGGGGAGACAAAUGGAAGCAUUUUUUCUUCAGAAGCGUUUCUUAUUAUCAGCUUUAAAACCAGAUCUUGUAUAUAAAGAAGACAAUAAUGAACUGAAAUUAGAACUUACGAGAAAAGACGAAGUGAUUAAAAGACAUCAUGAUAAAAUCAUAGUAUGGCAAAAACUGCUUGAUGAUUUGCAGGGUUGGGCUAAAUCACCAGCACAGGGUUCAGCAAGUACACCGACUAUGUCCAACGGAUCAUCUUUAACACCUGGUGGUGGAAGCGCAAUAUCAUCACCAAUUUCACAAUCAGCUGCACCAAUGCCAGGUGUACCCGGAAUGCAAAGUCCACUACAGGUAAAUUCUUCGACACAAAUGCAGCAAGCUCAACAGAUGCAACAUUUGCAACAACAGCAGCAACAGCACAUGUUACAACAACAACAACAGAUGCAGCAAAUGCAACAGCAGCAUAUGCAACAAAUGCAGGUUGGAGCAGGGGGUCCAAUGGGUGUGAGUCCACAACAAGCAAUGUUUAUGCAGCAGCAAAAUUCUAGAGGGGCAUUCUCCCAAGGACCGGGAAAUGUACUCCAAGGACCCCUUGCUUAUUUAGAAAAAACAACCAGCAAUAUAGACCUAGUGGGUAUGGGCGAUGGACGCAGGUGACGCGGGCGCGGCCGCGGUCGCGGGCGUGGCCGAGGCAGAGGAAGAGGUCGCGGCCGAGGUUCCUCAACUCCUGAGUACACCGUGUCCUCCACACCACCCGGUGGAGGAACGAUUCCUUGAGUGUGGCCUUACCAAUCUCCAUAUCACACCGGCGAACAUCAUGGUCAAACAGACUCUCCAAUGGGACCUUCUUGCAGCGUUAGUAAUCCGGAAGCUGGCUGCUCGUGCUCGCACCAGUGCCAUCAACCAGAUGACGUGGAUGAUACUGUUUGGUUUUAAGCUGGUGUAUAUGGAUAUUGGUUAGGUAUUGAAAUCUUGAUUCUU